AUGGAGAUGACCCAAGGUUCUUAUGCACAGCAGCUACUUGCUACCUUCCUUCAGAACCAAAGCGGCAAAACAUCCUUUCCGAUGCAGUGGGCUCCGGAGAUGAGUUCACAUCCUUCUCUCUUGCCGCAACCGUGGCCCGUGGCUUCCCAGGCACCUCAUGCAUCGGAGGUUGCCUGGGCCAAGGCGGAUCUCCAAGCCGUGCGGCCUCCGCCAGGCUUGGAGCACAUGAUGUCCGCUCCGAAACCUUGUAUGGUGCCCGUGGGGCGCUUCGGCGACGGAACUGGGAAAGCGCGUCAGAUUUCCAAAUCAUCAAUGUCAACCGCACCUUCGGAAGCAGUGAUCGAAGAAAUGUCAGACUUGGAGGAGAUUGAUUCCAAUUGUUCCAGUCCAAUGACUGCAACCAGAUUCGAUGCACCUUCAGGAAGUGCUGCCAUGCAUCCAGCUCUGGCGGUGAGAAGCUUUGAUGCUGCGUUGCGCCAGUUGAUCGAGAGCGUGCCUCGAUUG